GUUGAAAAUAGAAUGACAACACCCAGAAAUUCAGUGAGUGGACCUUUCCCAACAGAGCCUACAAAAGGACCCCUCGCCAUGCAACCUGCUCAAAGAGUAAUCCCUAGAAGACCAUCUUCACUGGUGGGCCCCACACAAAGCUUCUUCAUGAGGGAAUCAAAGGCUUUGGGGGCUGUCCAGAUCAUGAAUGGCCUUUUCCACAUUUCCCUGGGGGGACUGCUGAUGAUCCCCACAGGAGUUUUUGCACCCAUUUGUUUGAGUGUAUGGUACCCUCUGUGGGGAGGCAUUAUGUACAUCAUUUCAGGAUCACUCCUGGCAGCUGCAGCAGAGAAAACCUCCAGGAAGAGUUUGGCAACGAAAGUGAUAAUGAGCUCUCUAAGCCUCUUUGCUGCCAUUUCUGGAAUAAUUCUUUCAAUCAUGGACAUACUUAACAUUACACUUUCUCAUUUUUUAAAAAUGGAGAGGCUGGAACUGAUUAAGACUCCCAAGCUGUAUGUUGAUAUCUACAACUGUGAGCCAUCCAAUUCCUCAGAGAAAAACUCCCCAUCUACACAGUACUGUAACAGCGUGCAGUCUGUGUUCCUGGGCAUUCUGUCGGUGAUGCUGAUCUCUGCCUUCUUCCAGAAGCUCGUGACAGCCGGUGUUGUAGAGAAUGAGUGGAAAAGAGUGUGCUCCAGGCCCAAAUCUAAUGUGGUUCUGCUGUCAACUGGAGAAAAAAAAGAGCAGACAAUUAAAAUGAAAGAAGAAAUCAUUGAGCUAAGUGGAGUAUCUUCCCAACCAAAGAAUGAAGAGGAAAUUGAAAUUAUUCCAGUGCAGGAGGAAGAAGAAGAAGAAGCAGAAAUAAACUUCCCAGCACCUCCCCAAGAGCAGGAAUCCUUGCCAGUGGAAAGUGAGAUCUCUCCUUAAGCUCUUUUUUAAUAAGCAUUAUUGUCUAGAGAGCUUCCAAGACACGUAGUUACAGUCAUCUCUUGUGGCCUUCCACAAUCUGUUCUCCAUAUUUCCACAGCUUACCCUUGCAUAGAGAAGCCACAUCUAGAUCUCCUUCACAUUUGAAGAAUGCAGUGAUUAUAAAAGACUGCCUUGUUUCUUGCUUAGGGAACUUUACAAUGGCAGAAAUGCUGAAGAAUUCAAUUCUCAUUCACCUUUUCCUUGGAUGGGUGUCUCAGUAGUGGUAAUGCUUUUUCUCCAUUUCCUCCAUCAGCAGUUACAGCAGAGGGAAAAGACACACGACUGUUCCGUUCAUCUCUGAACUCUGACUCCUUCUAAGUUUUUAGUGGAGUCCCUUUUGCAUUAUUGUUUUAAGGAAAAUAACAAUAAUAAUAAUGAGAGGAAAUGAACCGCCUUUAUGCCUGUGGGGAAGGCACAAAAUGUGACCUGUUCUUCAAGCUUCUGUAUCCCACUUGGGAAGCUGCAAAAGGCUUAUUCCUAAGCCUGUCUGUACAAAAAGCAUAGCUUACACAUAAGCAAGUCUCUGUGUCUUAACUUUGUCCAGCUCCAGUUUCUUGGCCUCUGGUCACACAGUGUAUGUACUUGUAUUCUUUAGUCAGGAGAAGAAAGAAGGGUGGGACAGAAAUGUCAUCAAUGGGUACCCAGAUGUCAAAUCAUAAGCAACAGCUGUGCUUGCAAGAUGCUUUCCACAUGACAGAGUAGUUUAUGAAAUAGUUUCAUUUGGUCUUUCAUGACCACAAAAGAAUCCCUAUCACUAUUUUACAAUUAAGUUGAAAGUAAGAAGCAAGCCAACGUAUUCUAUGACAGUUGUAGGGACUUGAGUCAGACCCAGCUCUUCAAAUUCUAGUGAUGUUUGAAAUAACCAAAUUAUCUAUGCUCAUAUGUCUGCAUAAGCUAUGUCAAAGAACAUACUCUAAGAGCAAUGCAUUGAGUCACAAAAGUUAGAAUUGGAUUUGACACCAUAUGAAUAAAAAUACCUAGGAUCUUACAACAUUUGGAAAAUUAGUCAUGGCAUUAAUGUGCAAUUAGCUGGAAAUUUAUUAAGACUCACUAUAAAUGCAUCUUAUAUGCACUAUAAAUGACCACAAAAAGAAGAUCACACUUAGAAACAACACAAUUAAAAUACCAAAUCUCGGGCCACCAUACUUUCCCACCCCUGUUCGUGUGUGGAGAUGCUAGCUAGCACCUGACCUAGAAAUACUAUUAGCCUAAGAUCUCGCCAUAACCUAUCAUUCAGAUACCAUGACCAGUCUACUUCUAGGCAUGAACAAUUUGAGUCACACUCCUUGGAAUAUUUCUACUUUAUUGGAGGCUACUGGUGGGAAAUAUUUUUUGUAAUUACAAAGAAAAUGGAAGUAAAAUUUUUACCCUUGUGGUCUUCAAAA